AUGGCUGAUAAUGCUACAAAUUUCUCUUCUGUUGAGAUUUAUUUGUUUUUCUAUGAUCAUGGAAUCUCCCUUGCUCACUCUUCUGAUUAUUAUCCUCAGGGAAACACUCAAGUUGAAUCCAGUAAUAAGAAUCUCAUAAACAUCAUGAAAAAACUAGUGAGUGAAAACUUUAAGGAUUGGCAUAAAAAACUGUAUGAAGCCCUUUGGGCUGAUCGUACACCACCAAAGCGGGCUAUCGACAUGUCACCGUGUGAACUGGUCUAUGGUGUAGGAGCUCAAGUAGCACUUCCCUUGGAACUAGCACCUAUUAAGUUACAAAUUGUCAUUGAAGAUUCUUAUUUUCAGAAUUAUCUAGAAAAGAGGAUUAUGCAUUUGAUUAGAAUUGAUGUAGAAAGGGAUAAAUUAGGGGACCAGAUAACAGAGCACCAUAUGAGGGUGAAGAAGAUAUUUGAUAAGUGGGCUAGGUUGUAG